GAUCACCGGAAGCAUCAAUACAGCGAUUGAGAAACAGCGAGACAGAGAUCCUCACCUGUCGAUCGGGUCCAUAUAUUUGUCUUGCGCUCCCAUCGAUCUUUAAAUCCCACGUGAAUAACAUCCAUACCGUUUCCUUAACAAGCUGUCGAUAGGGGUUUUAGAGCAGAGAAAGCAAAGUUGACUGUGAAAUUCAGUGCGCAAACGUUUUAUUUAUUUUUUUAGGUGCGUUGCAGGCUCGCGGCAGAACAAAUGUAAACAAGCAGCAGGUCAGCCGCGCGACCGAAAACGCGAGGAAACGGCGUGAUGACAGCGACCCACAGGCUUUGAUAAACAUAUUUUGCUUCAUAUUAAGCAAUCUUAGCGAUUUAUUUGCAUGCUGUGUAGUUUAAAUAGACGUUAGGGCAGUAGACGAGGACACCUCCCAACCCUCCUGCAUUUUCCAUUACAGCAACAGAUACCGACGGAGAGUGAUUUAUUUUUCUACCGCUUAUAAAAGACGAUAAAUACAUUGAUCUGUUUUGUUUCUGCUUAAGGACUUACUUUGUAUACGUCUAAUAUAAAAUAUCAAGAAGACUGAAGGAACUACAAAUGAAGAGGCUUAACGGUCCCAUCUGGGCCCCGAGGAAUAAAUAAAUAUCUUAGACGUAUUAAUAUUUACAUGAAGCCGGAGGUGUAAGACAUUCAAACAUCGCAUUUCUUGGGGAGCCGCACAGUGAAGCUGAAGCAUCAGGAUUGUCAUGGCCCACCAGCAGACGCCAAGCUCUCAGAAGGCUUUGAUGCUGGAGCUGAAGUCUCUUCAGGAGGAGCCUGUGGAGGGUUUCCGCAUCACCCUGGUGGAAGAGUCGGACCUCUACAACUGGGAAGUGGCCAUCUUUGGCCCUCCAAACACACUCUAUGAAGGGGGCUACUUCAAGGCCCAUAUAAAAUUUCCUAUUGACUACCCGUACUCUCCUCCGACCUUCAGAUUCCUCACCAAGAUGUGGCACCCAAACAUUUAUGAGAAUGGCGAUGUGUGUAUUUCUAUCCUCCACCCUCCUGUGGAUGACCCUCAGAGUGGAGAACUGCCAUCAGAGCGAUGGAACCCCACACAAAAUGUUAGAACAAUCCUGUUGAGCGUAAUUUCGCUGCUAAAUGAACCCAACACCUUUUCUCCUGCAAAUGUGGACGCCUCCGUCAUGUUUCGCAAGUGGAGGGACAGCAAAGGAAAGGACAAAGAAUAUGCAGAAAUUAUAAGGAAGCAGGUAAUGUCGACUAAGGCGGACGCAGAGCGAGAUGGAGUUAAAGUGCCAACGACGCUUGCAGAGUACUGCAUCCAGACCAAAGUGCCUUCACAUGACAGCAGCUCUGACCUGCUCUACGAUGACCUGUACGAUGACGACAUCGAAGAGGACGACGACGAUGACGACGAGGCAGAGGCCGGCGGGAUUGGUGGAGAAAUGGCCGGGGACUGUUUUGCCGAUGAAGACGACUCUGGCAAUGAGGAGUCUUGACCUCCUUCCACCGUUACCUUGACAUUAACAUCAGUCACUCUAUUCUUUUCCCCAGAGCCUCCUGUUUUAGUCUCUUUUCAGUCUCUCCUUGUGCUUAAAUUGUUUGUUUUUUAUUUUCUUUGUUCCAAAACCUCACAACUUUAGAUCUCUGUCCUUAUUACACUUCACGUUCCCCCGUAGACUAUACAGUAUGACCAAUGAGAUCUCUCGGGUUCAUAAAACCAUACCACGGUCAUUUAUUACAUCUCACUUUUUCCUGCCUUUUAACCUCAGGGCUUUUGGAUAUUGAGAGCUUCUCAUGCCACCUUUAACAUAUUUGUUUAGGUGUUUUAUUCUCUUUGCAAUUAGUUUUUCAGAUCUUUUGAAGGGUUAGUUCACCCAAAAUUAAAAUCGCCCUUGUUCCAAAUCAA